AUGUCAGAGAAGCUUCGAGAAACGCUCGGGGUCUUGUCAGAAGAAUUUGAUGGCAGCCUCCGGUCAGCAUCACCGAGUGGAAGUCGUUCGCCAAGACGAAUGAGUAGAUCACCAAGACCACAUGGCUCACAUGAAUCAAAUGUUGCCGUGACUCGUCCUUUAGUUCGAGCAUCUCAUCCCGAAAUAGCUGCUUGGCCUGCACCUCCAGCUGUUCAUCCAUUGUCGUGUUUAAGUGGCAAUGUUCGAACGCCGAUUGGAGCUCCAUCCUCGCCUUCACCAGUCCCACGUCGUCAAUCGAUUGCACCAAUGUCGCCAUCGCCAAUUUCUCCGAUUAGUCAACAUUCCCCGGCCAGCUCAAAACAUGAGCUUGACAAUUCAUCUAGUUUGCUUUCCGUUCUGAGAUUCGCAUCAACUGCUCGAGACAUCAACAAUUCACCGCAACCUGCUGGCAGAGAGACCGAAUUGAAACGAAAAAUUCAAACUUUGGAGGAAACCGUUGCGGAAUACGAACGACAAAAAUGUAAUGUGAUGGGAACUUUUAGUGAAUACAGAGAACGCGUUGCUGAAAGGGAAAGAAAAUUAGAAGCCGAAUAUUCUAGCAAAAUUAUAGCGUUAUCUGAAGAAGUUUUAGGAGCCAAGAAAGAUUUUGAAGCUCGAAUGAAGAGCUUCCAAGCGCUUCAGGAUAAGUUUGAAAGAGAGAAAGAGCAAGCAUUGGAGAAACUUCGCAAAGAGCAUCAAAAAGAGAUUCAACUAUUGGAACAACGUUUUUCUGACACUCAAUUGUUGAAUUUGGAACAAAAAUAUAUCCUGGAGAUUCAGCGGCUUGAAGAAGAGCGCAAAUCUUUGAGAGCUGAAAAAGAAAGACUUGGAGAAACGUUUGAAAUGAAGCUGCGACGGGCUCAAUCUCUUUACGAGACAGAGCUCACAGCGGCUAAAAUGCUCUAUACACGUGAAUUGGAAGCAUUACGCGAUCAUGAAGAAGCCUUGAAAGAAGAGUUACUGGCUCGGCAAGAUGAAUUUCAUGAUCGUCUUCAAGAGUUGCAACUUCAAUCAAAAAGGAGCCGAGAAGAAUUAGCCUCGUGCAAAAAUGAGGUGACUGUUCUCGAGAAAAAACUGCAGAACAAGGAAAAGGAAGUUCAAGCAAUUACGAAAGAGUUGGACGAGGCGCGCAAUGAGACCAAUGAUAGCAUUCGACGACUAACCGAAGCGACUGUGGAAUUCUCCGAGUGCAAACAAAAGUAUCAGCAGCAAGAAGAAGAAUUGCAGAAAAAAGCUAGGCUCCUGAAUGUCGUGGAAGCUGCCAAAGAGAAACUUGAAUCUGUCAUCUCAGACUUGCAGAUUGAAGUUCGAGCUCUGAAAAAUAAGGUGGAAUUCCUUGAGAAGGAACGCGACAAUUUGCAAAGCCAGAGUGAAAGUCAAGCUCAACUUCAGUGCUCUCAGGUCAAUGCUCUUGAGGCCGUUCUUGAAAGUGUUACGAAAGAGAAGGAAAACACUAAGGAGCAUUAUGAGCGGCUUCUGCUCAAGGAGCGCCAACAAGCAGAAGCUCGUGAACACGCCAUGAAGAAGGAGUUCAGCAGCAAGUUGAAUGAGCUUGAGGAGCAGUACACAAGUUUGAAGGAGGAGCUCGAGGAGUCGGCAAGACUUGAUAAGGAUGAACUCCGUGAAUCAACGCAAAUUGAAAUACAAUCUUUGCGCACUGAAAAAUGCAUAUUGUCUGCUGAAAUUCGCGUUUUGACUCAAAAAUUAGAAGACGCAGAUCAAGACGAUAUCACAGAGCAGCUUGCAAAAAUUGUUGAGGACACUACCAAGUUAACUCACACUUUGGAAGAUUAUAGGGAACGAAUCAAUGGAAAAGAUUCUGAAAUUAUGAACUUAAGAGUUCAACUUGAAAGGGAGAUGAACAUCAAUGACAAUAGAAGCAAGUCGAUGAAAGAAGACGCUGAGAGAGAAAUGGUCGAAAAACAAGCCGCGUACGAGGAAGAGAUCCGAUUGCUUAAAGUCGAGAUUGAACAGUUCAAGAAUACGAUUGAUGAAGAGAAGGAUCUCAAUCAUGGAAACAUGAAAAAGUUAAGAGAACUGGAAGAGCAUAAUAGGAAUCUUGCUAGGGAAUUAGAGGAAUCUAAAAAGAGCACCGAAGAAUCUGUUCCGCGAACUGAACUUGCGGAAGCCAUCAAAGAGAAGGAUGAAACUAUUCAGGAGUUGCAAGAAGUCAUCAAUGACCUUCAAGAAAAGCUUGCAAGCAAGUCUAAUUCGAAUGCGGAGGAUAAAACGAAGCAUCUUGAGGAAAAAAUUACUGAAUUGAAGGCAAAUGAAGCUUGUAAAACUGAUCAAAUCGAAAAACUUCACAGCAAGGUGAAUGAAAUGCUCGAUCAAGUUGGAAGCAUUAAAAAUGAGCUCGAAAAGAAGAACGAGGAAGUUAAGCAAAUUUCGGCAAAGAAUAUCAAUCUUCUCGAAAGUUUAUCGAACCAAAGCAAUGAUCAUGACGCAAAAUUGAAAAUGAUUCAAGAAAGUCAUGGCUUGGAAAUCGAGAAAUUGAAGCAGAAGAUUCAAGAGCAGGAAUGUAUGCAAGUCGAAAAAGACGAGAAGCUUGAAACUCUUGAGAAAAGCUUAAGACAAAAGGAUGAAGAAAUCAUGGAAAUGAAUCAGAAGCUUCAUGAUUUGACCCAACAAUUGAACGAUGAAACAACGGUGGUGUUGGUAGACAAUAGCGUUCAGGAAGAAAUCGUUGAGCAGAAAAAUAAUCUUGCGAAUGCUACCAAGAAGCUUGAAGAGAAGGAGGCUGAAAUAAUGCAGCUCAAGGAGAAGCUGGAAGAAGAGCGCCGAAUUGCUGAAGCAGAUGCUAGAGAAAGCGCUCUGAAAAUGGAAAGAUUAUUGGCUGAGAAGACGGAAAUGGAACAGAGGCGGAAAGAGCACGAAGAAGAAGAAGAAGCUACCCAUUCCACGCAUGUGCAACUCCAAAUUGUCAACGAGGAGAAGGAACACGAGCUACUUGGCAAAAUUUCCGAUUUGGAAAUGACAUUGGAGCAAAAAAAUGAGCUCAUUCAUCAGCUCCAGGAGAAACUUGCUGAAGAGGCUCCACAUGAGCAUUUAAUUAUGAAGCGAUCGAGUCUCACGGGACACGGAGUUUUUCAGAACUUUGUGAGCCAAAUGAAGGACAAACGGGAAGAAGCUAGUGAGCGAAACAAGAAGAAGGAAGCUGAAAAGAAGGCUGAAAAGGAGAAGGAAAGAGCUGCCAAGGAAGCUGCCAAGGAAGCCGCCAAAGAGAUUGCUCGAGAAAAAUCGCCAUCGCGUGCAAAAUCUCCAUCAUUGCUGACGAGACUUCGUGAUAGAAGUCCAGUGAAGGCGAGAACUCCUAACCUUGAAACAACGCCAUCAACAUCAAGCAGAAAUUUACUCUCCCCUUCCGACGCUGAGAAACGAAUGGAACGUAGCUCGCCUUCCCGACCUUUAUUUAGCCGAAAGAAGGAUUUGCAAACAGCGCCAAUAUCUAGCCCAGGUUCUGGUUCCGAAAAGCGUCCUGCUUGGAAAUUUUAA